CUUGACUACUAUCUCCAAACCAAAUACCGUGCUUUGUGAAGUCCAAUAAAAUAAGUCUUGUUGGAGAGUUGUUGUUUUAUUAUAAGCCGUUUAUAUACCCAGCCAGUUUUAUGAUGCUCCUGCAGCCGUUAUAUCGACAACAUCGGUCUUGCCUGCUCCGGAUCUCAAAAUACAGUUACUCAACGGCGGCGGAAAAGCUAAAGGAGCAGCCAAGGGAAUAUACGGAAAAGGAGAUUGUAUACCCAGAUAGAUUGAACGCCAAUCACCAUGACUUGGAAACUUAUUUAGCUUAUGCCUCACGUUCCGGGCUUGAUUCCAAAAGCACCGUUUAUGUUGGCACCCAUUAUGAAUACACCGUCCAGGAGGUCCUAAAGCGCCUUGGCUUCUCUCUCCAGCAGACUGGAGGGGCUUCAGAUUAUGGUAUUGAUCUUCUAGGCGAGUGGAAACUACCCGCGGUUCCCUUAAACUUAAGGGUGUUGGUGCAAUGCAAGGCCCUGGCGAAGAAAUCUGGACCCAAUUUUGUUAGGGAGCUCGAGGGUGCCUUCGCAGGAGCCCCAUCCGGAUGGCAGGGAAACGGAGUUAUUGGACUGCUAGUCAGUCAAAAGCCGGCCACAAAGGGCAUGAGAGAAGCCUUAGCUAGGAGCCGCUGGCCGAUGGGGGCGAUCACGUGUACGGGUGAAGGGAGGCUCGUCCAGAUGCUGUGGAACAACAGGGCCAAUGAAGAAGGCCUUACCGGGGUUGGCGUUGGAAUCCGAUAUAAGGGCGGCAAUUUGAACGAAGAAGAAAUCCACCUCACUUUCAAGGGCGAAAAUAUGGAAACGGAGCCGUGAAUGGCUCUUGUCAAUUUGCAACCGCACUUGACGCGUGGAAGCGGUGGUCACCUCGUCCCUACUUGAUCAGAACUAUCCGAUUCUCAGCAAAUACCCAGCAUUCCAUGCUUCGUUGAUAGCCAGGCUCUUUGCAGAUGGUACUUGUCAAAAUCCUUCCUUCGCCAACCGAGCUUUCACAUAUGCUUUAUCCUUCAACAUCUCUUUCUUCAUAUGCUUGUUGAUCCAAUCCUCUAUGGACUGCUUCUUCUCUGCAAGACUCUCGACUUUCUUUGCUGCCAACUUAUCAUUUUCCGCCUUCCGUCUGUGACAUAACCGGCAGUUUCUCUCAAUGGCUGGGACGUCAGAUUUGCCUGCUUCACCUUCUCCGCCUUCUGCGUCUUCUUCGCCUUCUCCGCCUUCUGGGUCUUCUCUACCUUCUCCGCCUUCUGGGCCUUCUGGGCCUUCUGGGCCUUCUGGGCCUUCU